AUGAUACCAUCAGAACAGAACAUCAGCGACGUAGCAAGCAAGAACGCGUAUGAGCAGCGCGACGGCACGAAUCUUCGGGAUGGCACCAAUCUACGCAACCCCAAAGACCACUCCGAUUACGGUUUGUACGAACACCCUGGGGAUAUUAACCUCGUGGAUCCGAAUGGGUACGCCCUAGAGGAGACUCCCUACUACAGCCAUGGAGAAAUAAACACCACCCCCUCGAUGCACCUGUACCCCGGUGCAGACAUGUACUCAUUAAGUGCCAACAAUAGUAAAGGCAUCAUGGAAAAGCCAAAUAAUACCUUCAAUAUGGCAGGGACUAUCCCAUUAAAAAGGCCAGCAAAUUACGACUAUAUAAAUUCUGCCCUAAAUUUCAACCAAGGCAGUUACUAUAAUCCAUACCAAGUGAGUAACACCUUUCUCCCCAGCAGCGAAAAUGUGAAGUACGGAUUAAAGAGCGAAAUGCAUGGGAGGUAUGUAAUUCCGGAGAUGAGCACAAAGAUAAAUAAUUCCUACCUCGUGAACGUAAACAAAAGUAGCAAUGUAAGUGGAAAUAUUGGACAAAAUGGUAUUAAUGGUCUUAAUGGCUAUAUCGAUCCAGACAGCUACACCAAUUUGUAUGAACACGGCAGCGGAAUUAAUAGUCUGUCCAUGAUGAAUGGCAUCGCCAGUAUGCCUGGCGUGGAAAACAUCGCAAGCGCGAUACACCCCAGUGGAGUGGGCAAUGUAAAUUACGAUUUGCUGAUGCAGAAUUACAACGCUUCUUUGUGCCAUAAUAUAAACAGUGUAAGCAGCGUGAGCAGUGUGAGAAGCGCGCCGAAUCUGACCAGCAUGGGUUAUCCGGGCGGUUUGGACGUUUCCCCCUUGAAGGCGCAGCCGUACGGCGAGAGUUUUAGCAGCAUCAAUUAUCAUGGUGCGAAUUAUGCUGGUGCCAAUUAUGGUGGUGUCAAUUAUGGCGUUGCCGGUUAUGAUGGUGUCAAUUUUGGGGAGGCCAAUUUGGGGAGUGCCCAUAUCGCAGGUGCCCAUUUCGGGGCUUCCCACUUUGAAGGUGCCAAUUUUCAUCCUCUGUCCAACGGCGAGUUUCCCCUCCCGUUUGACAAGAACAAAGGAGCGGACCUGUUAGGCGAGCGGGAAGGGAAAUUCUCAAAGCUUAGAAGCACCAACCACACGGAGGGGAGCCAUGCACACAAGCACCCCCCAGAACAGCUACAAGCAAUACUAUGUCUACAAAAGUUGGAAGAAAUCCCGACUCCAUUUCUAAAUCUUAAAGACGUAAAAUAUUCCGUCAGCGUUUAUUUUAACUCUUAUGAUGAUAUUUUGGAAAAAUAUCAGUCCCAAUUUUACAGCUGCAGAUUGAACGAAUCCAGCUCCUAUGCAGACUGUGAUUUGAAAAAUGAAAUAAUAAAAUUACCAUUCAACAAUGAAGAGUUUAUUUACCUAAAGGUUAUUGAAACGUCUGUGUACAAGACGGAGGUAACUGGCAGAUUGCAACUAAAAGUGAAGUCUCUUUCGCAGGAAUAUCCAUUGAGAAUCCCUAUAAUAGGAGAUGAUGGGAACUCAAAAGGAUUUUUAAUAAUGAAUUUUUUUAUCACCUCGUCUUACUAUGAUGUAAAAAAUGACUUGCUCAUAACGGACCAGUCAAGUCUCCCUAGUCGGGCCAAAUCGACAAGGAUUCGGAGAAAAAAUAAUGGCUUCCACUUUUUCGAGAAUUUUACAAAGUGGUGUUGCGAGAUAACGGAUCAUCACAUGAACUAG